GGGUGACUGGGUCUGGGAAAAAAUGAUCCAAAGGCAAAGAGGGAGGGGCGAAAUGGAGGAGGGUACCGUGAACAGAGUAAGGGGGCUGGGAGAGGAAAUUAAGAGGGGAGGUGCUGGCCAGCAGGGAAGGCCUGAGCCCUCUCCCCUCGAGGUGGUGAGGAAUGGUGGGGGGAGGGAAAGGGCCCUGUCCAUAAAAAGCGGGUCGGUGGCCCCUGCUGUCCCGGAGUCGCGCGGGCAGGGGCUGCCGCAGCCUAUGGCGGGGAGCAGCGACAUGGAUCCGCCCGCCGCUUUCUCGGGCUUCCCCGCCCUGCCCGCGGUCAUGCCGUCGAGGCCGCCGCCGUCGCCGCUCGCCGGAGCUGAGCCGGGGCGGGAGUCCGAGGAGGCAGCGGCGGGCCGCGGGGAGGCGGCCCCCACGCCAGUGCCUGGCCCGGGGCGGCGGCGGCGGCGGCCCCUGCAGCGCGGGAAGCCGCCCUACUCAUACAUUGCGCUCAUCGCCAUGGCUCUGGCGCACGCCCCGGGCCGCCGCCUGACGCUGGCCGCCAUCUACCGCUUCAUCACCGAGCGCUUCGCCUUCUACCGCGACAGCCCGCGCAAGUGGCAGAACAGCAUCCGCCACAACCUCACGCUCAACGACUGCUUCGUCAAGGUGCCCCGCGAGCCGGGCAACCCGGGCAAGGGCAACUACUGGACCCUGGACCCCGCGGCCGCCGACAUGUUCGACAAUGGCAGCUUCCUGCGGCGCCGCAAGCGCUUCAAGCGCGCCGAGCUGCCGGCGCACGCGGCCGCGCCGCCUGGGCCGCCGCUCCCCUUCCCCUACGCGCCCUACGCGCCCGCGCACGGCCCCGCGCUGCUGGCGCCACCGCCCCCUGCCGGCCCUGGCCCCGCACCGCCCGCGCGCCUGUUCAGCGUCGACAGCCUGGUCAGCCUGCAGCCCGAGCUGGGGGGACUGGGCGCCCCCGAACCGCCCUGCUGCGCCGCGCCCGACGCCGCCGCCUCCGCCUUUCCGCCCUGCGCGGCCGCCGCCUCCCCGCCGCUCUACUCUCAGGCCCCCGACCGCCUAGUGUUGCCCGCGACGCGCCCCGGCCCCGGCCCGCUGCCCGCCGAGCCCCUCCUGGCCUUGGCGGGGCCGGCAGCCGCGCUCGGCCCGCUCAGCCCGGGGGAGGCCUACCUGAGGCAGCCGGGCUUCGCGUCGGGGCUGGAGCGCUACCUGUGAGUCUGCGCCCCGCGGGCAGGCACCUGUGCGCCCUGUCCCCUGGGCCUGCGACGCCGCCCGCGAGCACCCCAGCUGGGAGCACACCCUGCGCAAGUCUCAUCUUGGCCUCCUGGACUCAGAUUCCUGCUACAUUGUUCUCUGUCCCCCAUCCCUGGGGAGGCUACUACCAUCUCGCCACGGGACCGAAGCGUCCCCUGUGACCUGCGAGCCUCUCAUUUCUUCUCCCUCCACUUGUGAGCACCCCCAGCUUUGCGGCCCCUUCUCCCCCAGCGCUGUCUGUGGGUCCUUUGCCCCGGAGCUGCCCCGCCUCCAGUGAGUCCCCACCCAGGUUUCCUGGUGAGUUCCAAGCCUCCGGAAGCCAGAUCUGCGAUGCCAAGCCGCCUCUUCCACCGACUGUACUUCAUCAAGCUUCCCUCAGGUUUUUCCGACACGUUAGAGGUCAGACUCCUGGGUUCAUGACUUACUCGCUAGCGUCCCUUCAUUUCCCCACAAGUUUGUCCCCCACCUCCACUUACCUGUCUGCCCUCAGCUUCUUCCUGGGAGAGAGCCUCCCUUCCAGGUAGACACUCCUGGCUGCCCUCUUCACGCCCUGAGGACUCUUCUUGGAGAUUUCAGAGACAGGUAGCACUAGGGCGCCUAACUGAAAGGGGAGUUAGUGGGCCUUUAUGUCUGUCCCACCCCCUGGAAAACUUAGGGCUUAUUGGGUUAUUAUUAUUAUUUUUAACUAAAGCUGGUUUAAUUAAAAAGAAAGAAACCCUUUUUCUGG